AUGUACUACUUAAAAGAAUGGCAAACUUUGAACACGACCGAAAUCCCACUAAGUAAGUGUACGCCCAGUUCGGGUUCCGGGAAUAUCCUCCGGGUUAGCCGGGGUUCUCCGGGCUCUUCGGCCGGGUUCAGCUGCACCAGGUGUGCCCGUGCCCGGGUGGCUUCCAUCUUUCGUCUUCCAGCCCCGAAACCGGAAUCUACGAUUGAAUUUCAGACAGUAUAGUACACCCUCCCACUCCACCCCACCGAACAUCCAACCAUCCGGCGACCAAGGAGAACGCAAAGGCUUUUGCAAUUUUUAUGUGCAAUUUUUUACAUGAGAACGAAAGGCGGUAUGAGAUGUCGCUUGUGGCUCGUUAAGGUUAAGGGGUGUGUGCCACCACCUGCCGAAUCAUCGCCACCCAGCGCCCGCAAAUACAAUUUAAAUUUUUAA